AAAAAAAAGCCUAUCGUGUGCACAGCUCACAAAGAGAAAUCGUAUUGGAGAGACAGGGCAGCAGGGCAGAAGUGCAGAUAAAAAGAGCCCAGAGAAAGUCCCGACACACAACUACAAGACCUCCAGAGUAAAGAUGAAUGGACUGAAGCAGUGGACGUGGGUGGCUGCAGUGGCACUCCUGGUGCUAACGGUGAUGGCAGCGGAAGGAGGGAAAGCAGAGAAACAAGGUAAGAAAGAGCGCAAAUCUGACUGCGGGGACUGGCAGUGGAGCGUGUGUGUGGCCAACGAAGGCGACUGUGGACUCGGCACUAGGGAGGGGACUCGCACCGGCACCGACUGCAAGCAGACUAUAAAAACCCAACGCUGCAAGAUCCCCUGCAAUUGGAAGAAGAAGUUCGGAGGGGAAUGCAAGUACAACUUCCAUGCUUGGGGUGAGUGUGACCUGGCAACGGGCAAGAAGAACAGGACGGGGGUUCUGAAACGGGCGCUCAUGGACGCGACCUGCGCCACCACCGUCACAGCAACUAAGCCAUGUGGGAAAAUGCCCAAGACCAAGCUGCAAGAUGCAAAGAAGCAAAAGAAGGAAGGGAAGAAACGUCCGCAAAUGAACUAAUGAGGAUUUUCUGAGCCCGAAAAAUGGAAGACGACUUGUGGAAAGACGUCCUCGGCCUUAUUUCAAUGCAGUUCCUGUUUAUAUGUCCUGUAGGUUGACAGUAGGGGCCUCUGUAGCUUUGACAAAACCAGUGGAAACGAGCCUUUUUUUAGUGACAAUGUCUUUUGUUUAUUUUUCCUUUUGUUUUUAGCAGAUGAUAAAAAAACAACUUGUACUUUGCCUUAGGAGACAUAAUUUCCAGUGGUAGGGUCGGAUAAUGAGAAGAUCUGUUUACUAGUUUUCUCACUUAAUUAUGUUAUCUCUUGGAUUAUUUUCUUAAGAACAAAUUGCAUCAGAUUGGUUUACUGUAUAAAGAGCCUAGCUCUUAUUUAGACACACAAAAACCCCUUUUAGGCCUGUGCCCUGGCUUAAUGAAGCAGUUUGUUUAAAAGUAAAGCUUCAAACAUCUCCACUUAAUUAAAUUGAGCAAAGAAAAUCAUGUAUUUGCAAUCUUUAAGUGGCCUAAUUUACAAGUACAACUUUUUAUUUCUUAACAGUGAAACUUGCAGGAAAAAAUAUUUUAAGCUUGUUCUGUAAAAUCUCCUGCUGCUUUGCUGUACCUCAAUUUACAACCACAUAUUGUUAACCUUUCUUCUCUUAACGUAUUCUUGUCGUACUCCAGAAUAAAAAAAAAAA